AUGACGCUACGUCGAUGUGACAGUUUGCCUGCGCGACUACGGGAAUAUCAUACAAAGCCCGAUGUUGAACUUGGUCAACCUAUACAAUUACCAGAUUCUAAUACUGUUCCGAACUUUACCGAUCCUUCCAAGUUAGACGAAGUUAUAGCCACUUGGAAAUCACUUCAAACUGAUGUAAUAAAAUUAAGUAAUGGCAAUCCAUCAAAAAAUGAGAGAACAGAUCAAAAAAUCAAUGAAACGGAAACUAUUACCCAUAGUUUCAUAUCAGAUUUUAAAUGCACUAAAAGUGAUAAGCGAAAGAAACUCGUUUUUAGUAAUGCAUCAACUACAGCCCGCAAAAAAGAUGACAAUCCAACUAGUUCUUUGCCAGCAGAAGUUGCCCAAGCGAAUUCAAUUGAAUGCGGGGCAAGUAAAGCCCGCAGACGGACUCUACUGGAACGCUUACUCUCCUGGCGCACCCCAGAGUGCAACUGUCGCGAGAAAUUCACACCGAAGUUGCGACCUACUCCGGUUCCGCGUCCAGAAGACUUAUUAUGUACAUGUGGUGUUUCUCGUACCAACUUUGCGGACAAAAGAAAUAGAUACACGGAACGUGGUCGUUCCAAAAGUGUGGGGUAUGAAGCUGCUCGCGAAGUGACACAGUUUCGCCGGUGCGCUAGUGCAGGUGCCACUGUGGGGGCUGAAACGCCGGCGGCAUUGCGUGCAAGAGCUGCUCUUACUCUCGCGCGUCGAUACUACCCCGAAGGCGGGUGGGGCUGGACCAUUACAGUCGUCGGGACGCUGGUCCAGAUAAUCACUCAUGGGCUGCAGCUUGGUGGAGGAACUGGAGCCGUGGCUUGCACCGCGGCUGUGAAAUAUCGUGUGCCGCCGCUGUAUACUUACGGUGAG